CCUUGCAUAUCUAGAGUUUGCUUUGAGUGAGUUAGGUUCUCUUGACGUGACUUCUCCUGGUGUAACUUCAUACUCUACAACCCGUAUUGGGUGCAGUCACCAGUUUCGAUUGCCGUAGUGCGGAUUUGAUUUGCCAAACUAAAAGGAUAAGAUUGCUGUAAAUUUAGUAGUAGGGUUUAAUUGAAUAAAUCAAUAGGAAUUCAUGGUCUUCACUUCUACUUAUUAAAAGACAAAAAUGGAUAAUAAAACAGGACUGGCCAUUUUAAGCGCCGUAUUAAAUGACAUGCCAUACCCAAAUAAAAUACUCACAACUGAAGAGGAUAAAUCGACUGGAAUUGACGUCAAGGAUCUGCACAAGAUUUUGUUGAAAGGAUGUUAUUACCAUCCGGAACGGGAAAACAAACCGGAUACUCCUGCAAAUGGUAAUAAAACAGAUAUCGAAAAUUGUACAGAAACUGCCAAAGAACUCGGUAACGAAAACGUCGAACUUGAAGAUACAAGAAAGUCUAUUAACAUGAAAACCACUUCCAUUAACUCUAAAACCCACGACGACGAUCGCUGAAUUAAAAGAAAUUAUAUUAUCGACCAAAGAAAUUCCGCUAAACAGUCAACGCUUGAUUUUCGCCAUAAAUUUACACAAAGAUAGAAAUGUCAAUGACCAGAGCGCUUGAAUACUCUACAAUUGUAGAACAAAUUUAGCACAUUAGUUAAAAGUCAAACAACUUAAUCUUCGUACAGCAAUGGCAAAAGAAUUGCAGUUUACGGAUAACUUUUCGGAGUUUUUGUUUGCUAGCUAGAGCCUUUUUAAAAUCCAUUUUAACCCCCUGCGUACAGAGAUUUGAACACGUUGAUAAAUAUUAAUGCAGUCGUCGUACAUAAGGACGCUGAAUUUUCUUUUGUAUCGUGCAGCAUCGAAAAAUAGUUAAACAAUUAAAAAAAGACUGAUGUUUUUGUUUUUCAACUAUCAAUGAUGGAGGACAUCGGGUUUAUCACGUUUCCUGUUGUUUAUCCCGUUUCCUGGCCAUUUCAUAACCUGACCAACUAGAUGAUGUUUUUUUGCCUUUCAACUGUAAAUGAUAAGAUAUCGGGUUUACCACGUUUCCUACUGUUUAUCAGCUGUUUAUCACGUUUCCUGACCAUUCCCUGCCAGCUGCUUAUUUGCAUCCUGGUAAAGAUUGUCGUCCUUUGAAGAUUUAUUUAGACCAAGCUCUCAGGCCCGCGUUUCAGUCUGACCGUGGUUGGAUAUAAGACGACGUCACCCCUUACCAUCAGAACGCAAGCGAGCGAUCAAGAAUCAACAAGCAAGUUUUUACUUUCCAAUCCUUAUAGACUCACGUAGUUAAAAUUUACCAAAUUCAUUUUUUGAACAACACUGCAAAUAGUUUUAGAAUGAAUAAUCAAAUCGGAUUGACCAUUUUGAGUUCGGUACUCGACAAUAUGUCGUACCAAACCAAAAUAUUGUCACCCGGUCAAGACGACUCGAAUGGCAUAGACGUCAGAGAACUCCACAAAUUGUUGAUGAAAGGAUGCUACUUAACAGGCCAGGAUGAUGACAUAACCAACUUUCUGGAUAAUAAUCUUGGUACAGGAGCAAUACCAAGUGGAGGAGAAAUUUUAAUACCACCUUCAUUGUUGGACGAACCAUAUAAUUACGAUUUCACGAACAUUUCUGAUAAAGGAGUAGAGUUUUUUAGAGGAGGGUCGAUUUAUACACGCCCCUGCGGAUGGCAACGCUACGCAUUAAAAGUCAAAGGCAAGUAUCCGGACGACAUUUGGCUAGAAGGGAAAACACCUCGGGUUGACCAAUACUCGUCUGCUGAAGACGAAUGGGCAGUGUCCUACCACGGAACAUCUUACCACAACGGUCUCUCAAUCGCAGAGGAAGGAUAUAAAUUGAGUAAAGGAGAGCGUUUCUUGUACGGCAAAGGUAUUUACUCGACCCCCGAUAUCGGGGUGGCAUCCCUAUAUGCUGCUGAAGCCAACGUAGAUGGAAAAACCUAUAAAGUUGUCAUGCAAAAUCGAGUCAACCCAAAAACUGUCAAAAAAAUUGCCAUAACUGUAACUGGUGUGGGGGAAUAUUGGAUCUCGCCCGCCGACGAAGAUAUUCUCCCAUAUGGCUUCUGCGUUAAAGAAAUUUGAUUUCUGUUUGCAUCUUCAAACAUUGGAGCCAAUAAAAAUUCUUUAAA